AUGUUUACAACCCUUAACUCUACUAUUAGCAAAAUUUACAUCAAAAGUAUUGAUUUUACGCAUCCUUUGAAAUCAUUGGAUUCAUUAUUCACCGAAAGCUCAUGUAUUAAGGCAAAAGAGUUCAGAUUCAAGGAUUGUAAGUUCGGUUCUCAAGCUGCAUGUGAUUUCUUUGAAGCUUUUACUCAUUAUCCAGCACAAAUUGAAAUUUUAACGUUCGAAAUCUGCCAAUUCAAUGCGAAAUCGUUAGAUUCGUUCUUCCAGACAUUAUUCUUCAGUAACUGUUUCCAUAAUCUCCAAGUUUUUCAGAUAAAAGACAUUUCCGGAUUUGAUGACCUUUCUUUCUUCCUUUUUCAACUUGUUUCAUGUGGUUGGGUGUUAGAGACUCACUGUCUGAGGUAUUUGGGAGCUCCUGGAUGCAAUUUAACCCUUGAACAGUUGAUUCCUCAAAUUCUUCAACUGGAUACUGAAUUUUCUGACUUGGAUUUGAGUGGAAACAACUUCAAGACUCCGAUCAAAACAAAAUUUGAUAUAAACCGCAGCUUUACAACUUUAAUUCUCAAAAACGUGAAUUUUGGACCGAAAUGUUUGCUUUCUCUGCUCAAAUCCCUGCAGAAAGUGAAUCAUAAAUUCAACCUGGAUAUAUCAAACUGCAAGAUGACCGCUGAAUCAUGGAAAGAUUUCUAUGAAAAUUUGAAUCAAAUUAAAAUUCAAAAUUUACAAAGCAUAAUAUAUGACAGGAACCCUCUAAAACCUGAUAACAUACAGCAAUUCUGCAGUUUCAUCAUGAAUCAGCCAAGUUUGAACUCAAUUUCAAUAUCAAAUUGUAUAUCUAAGGUUGAUAUCAAUUCUGUUGUUCCGCAACUAACAAAUCUUGUCAAUACAAAGUCAAUAGAGUCAUUGACUAUCGCUUGUACCCCAGAAAACACGCUUGGAGGCUUAAUUUUACCAAUAAUUUUUACAGCGCUCUCCAAGGGAACUCUGAAGAAGUUAGAUAUAUCAGGCCAAGCAGGUGGUGAGCGAAUUAUGUCUCAAAUCCUUCAAAAAAUGACUCCUUCUUUAUCCGAAAUUAAUUUUGACGGAUUUUUGCCAAGCGACGGUGAAGCCUUCUUGAACAUAUGCGAGUCAUUCAUGGAGAGGCCUUAUAUCAAGAAUAUUACGUGGCCAGGCUCAGAUGUGAAAGGAUGUCUUGCUAGAACUAAUCCGCAGCAACAAAAUGACUUAGCGAAGAAGAUACAACAAUUGAAGACACAAUUUAGUAAUAAAUAUGGCCACGUUGAUGAAAAAUUUGAUUCAAUAAUCGAUAAGAACUUGAAGACGCAGCCAAAUGAUAAGCAUUCAUCUGGUUAUGAAAUGGGAGAUGACCUGAAUAGCCCUCCGCAAGAUUUAAUCAGAUCUAGAUGCGGAUUAGCAGAAAAUUACGAAUCAAUGAAAGAUUUUGUAAAAUAUGAUCCUGAAACAGAACUACUGAUUAAAGAAUGUAAGGAUGUCUUUGGAAUUGACCCUGUUUCAAAGAUAUUUGCUCAAGUUAAUUUCCAUACUCAAAUAGAUUAUUUAAUACAGAAUAUAGAAUAA